CUUGUUGAGGACAGGGCAUUUUUGCGAUCUCUCAUUCAUAGGGUCUCCAUAAGUCAGUUGUGACUUGAGGACACAGAAAACGCCCGGUGGCAAACUAAAUUUGGGGGCUGUGAAGCCUGAACUGUUAUGAAGGCCCCUUCACGACCAGCAACAAGAUCUGGGUAACGACUGUCAUGUUUUUAUUUUGACUAUUAUUUUGUAUUGGACCAUAUUCUAUAUCAUUAAUAACGUUGUUGUUUUUAAAGAAGAAACCUUCUCAUACAGUAGAGUAGACCCAAAAUGAAGCAAUGUGGACAAAAGGGGACCCCCAAGGCUUCUGCUUCAUUCGGUCUGUAGCAGAUCCGACCCUGAAAAUUCCCGACCUCAACCAGGCCUCGCCCGUCCGUUCCGGCCCCUGGUUCUCCUCAGCCCCCUUUGCUUACUCAUUAAACCGGCCGGGAACGGAGAGAGGCGGAGCCAAGGCCGCCGCCGCCGCCUCGUCCCGAGCCUCGGGCCACCAAGCAACCGGUCAUGGGCCUCUUUGCGCACGGGCUCUUAGGCUCGGCGCUGGGCAGCGGCUGGCGAGCGAAGCCUCUUCUCCUUGGCAGCGCCGCCUCCAGCCUGGCGGGGCACGCGGGGCCGAGGCCUCGGAGGGUCGCCUUCUCCGCCGGCAGCAUGGCACCACCACCUCGCGUCCGUUUCUCCCCGGCUGUCCGGAGCCUCUUCGACAAGCCCCUGGCCAUCUCGGUGGAGGCGCUGCGGCCCCAGCAGGCGGUCACCCUCCGAGCGUCGCUGGAGGAUGAGGCCGGGGAAGUCUUCGAGUCGCGGGCCUUCUACCGGGCGGACGACGAGGGGCGCCUGGACCUGAGCCGCUCGCCGGCGCUUGAGAGCAGCGGCGGCGGCAGCUUCUCCGGCCUCGAACCGAUGGGCCUGCUGUGGUCGCUGGCGCCGCGGAAGCCCUUCCGGCGCCUGGUGAAGCGCGACGUGCAACGCCCUUUCUUGCUGGAGGUGGAAGUGCUGGACGGUCACGGCGAUCCCCGAUCUGCUUCGCUCCUGGCCAAGGGCGUCCACGAGCGGGUCUUCCUGCCCGAGGGCGUCAGGAGGAUCCCGGUCCGGGAGGGGAGAGUCCGGGCCACACUUUUCCUGCCCCCCGGUGAUGGCCCUUUUCCUGGAAUCAUUGAUCUUUAUGGAACUGGAGGAGGCCUCCCUGAAUAUCGAGCAUCUCUGCUAUCUGGUUACGGCUUUGCCAUGUUAGCAUUGGCCUAUUACAAAUAUGAAGAUCUUCCUAAGGAAAUGAAGGAAUUCCAUCUGGAGUACUUUGAAGAAGCUCUACAUUAUAUGCUGAAACAUCCCAAGGUUAAGGGUCCAGGGAUUGGACUGCUUGGACAUUCCAAAGCCGUUGAUCUUUGCUUUGCCAUGGCUUCUUUUUUAAAGGGUAUCACUGUGACAGUCUCAAUUAAUGGCUCCUUAGCCAAUGUAGCUGCAACACUGCGCUACAAAGACAUUGCUAUUCCACCUCUUGGCACUGAUGUGAAACGACUAAAAAUAGACAAGAAGACUGGGAUUGCUGACAUCAUUGAUGUCCUGGACAACCCAUUUGAGCAUCCGGGCCACCCCAGCCUUAUUCCCCUGGAGAAAGCAGAGGGACACUUUCUUUUCAUUGUGGGCAAGGAUGAUCAUAACUGGAAAAGUGAAUUUUUGGCUGCUGAAGCCUCCAAAUAUUUGCAGGCUCAUGGAAGAGAAAAACCUCAGAUCAUUUGCUAUCCUGGAGCAGGACAUUACAUUGAACCACCAUAUUUGCCGAUGUGCCCAGCUUCAAUGCACCUUCUGGUGGGCAUGCCAGUGACGUGGGGAGGGGAGCCCAGGGCUCAUGCAGCAGCCCAGGUAGAUGCUUGGCAGCAGAUCCAAGCCUUCUUCCACAAACAUCUCAUUGGUGAACCAGGUAAAAGAAAGAACAAGCUCUGAAUGUAUUAACUAUGAGAUGUGUUUUAAAAGAUAGGAGUUAGGUGCCAUAUAUGUUUUGCAAGGCAGAAUGUCAGGAGUUGAUUGAAGGCACCAGUCAAUCCUUGACAUUCUGCUUUGUAAAACAUACACCUAAAAUAUUCCUUAAAUAUUGUGCCUAAGCCUUUUGUUCCGUAGAAGUAUUCUCUAUAGUGAAAAUUACACAAAGUUGAUAGUCUUCCUUGUAUGAGAAAAAGGACUGCUCUGCACUGGCAUUUGUCCCACUACUGUAUAAAGACUGUUUCCUACAUAGAUGGUAUCUUUGUUUUCUCAGAUGCCCACAUGACUUUCUUACUUUUACUGAUUACAGGUGGCCUUUUUUGAAUGCCUUUUCAGUUCUGCCUUUUUGUUCAGGAAUGUAUAUACAGUACAAAUGCGAGCUGAAAACAUGGAUGUACACCCAGGCCUUCCCUCCUGUCAACUACUGAU